UUGGUGACACACGGCCACGGACGGAGAGGAAGCCCAAGACAGGGAGGACUGAGUCCCUAACCGCCAUUCUAGGUGUACCGCGCGCGCGCUGAUUCACACCACCGACCGCAACAUUCUCGACCGAAAAUCUCACACUAGAACGACUACAUCACCGCCCUGCCGGCCUUCAUUCGACGCGGCAACCAGGGAAAAGGCUCCUCUACACCUCCUCCAGACCCUCCGAACCCGGUAAAACAACCGUCAACGGCGACCACAAGCGUUUCGAUCAACUCACACACCCCGAACACCCCCUACGCGGCGUGUAUAAAUCAACCGACCUCUCCUCAUCUCCUCCUCCUCCUCAUCCUCCUCCUCCUCCUCCUCCUCCUCCUCCUCCUCCUCCUCCUCCGACGUAAGGCUUGCAUAAUCAUGUCGGAGACGACGUCGGGGAAGUGGUUCAACUUGGGAGGUGGCGGAGCGGACUCCCAGCCGGCGUCGUCGCAGUCUAGCCGCUUCCCGUCCAUACCCAACGUCAACAUCCCGGGAUUCCGGAGGGAGCAGGAACCGACGCUAGCGAACGAGAUGUGCGAGAUGUGCCCGUCCCUGACCUUCCAGCAGCGGGUGGGGGGCUUCGUGGUCUGCCUCGCGCUGGGGUACCUGCUGUCCUUCCUCAGCACGGCCAUGCUCUGGUCCGGAGACCUGUCCUCGUUCGCGCUCAUCUACUGCCUCGGCUCUCUCAUCGCCAUCGGCGCUACCUCGUUCCUGAUCGGCCCUCGUCGGCAGUGCGGCAAGAUGUUCCACAAGAAGAGACGGAUCGCGUGCGUCAUUUACCUCGUCUUGCUCUUCGCGGUCAUCAUCUUGGCCUUUCUCGGCACCCCGGCAGGCAUCAUCCUGCUCAUUCUCAUCGUGCAGAUGUGCGCCGCCGUGUGGUAUACGGCCUCGUACAUCCCGUACGGCCGGGCGAUGAUCAAGGGCACCUUGUGUCCGUGCCUCAAGGACCUUGAAAACCAAGAUGGGUAGUAGUACAUACUGUACAGUAAUCCAUUUAGCGACGAGGUGACGGAACCGUCAGUAGAGCUGUACAGCUUGUCUUUGUUUCCUUUCUUCUUUUGCUCUUUUGCUUGAUGUUUUGCUCUUGUGAGAGUGUUUUGUCGGUGUGUGGGGGUGGGGUACGGUUCGGUAGGCUCUUCAUUUUCUUUGUUUUUCGCUUGCCUUCGGUGCUAGCUAGGGUUGUUGUCGCCGAGGUCACGGGACGAUGGUACACAGCUCGAUUGAGAGCAACGAAUGUUCUUUGUAGGGAGCGUAAGGCGCACAGAAGGCAGGCAGCAAACAGGCGGGCGCGCUGAACAAGAAGCGUGCUUCACACUGGCCCUCAGCUAUCCAGCUAGCCGCGAGAACACGGGUGCGAAUGUUUGAAUUGAAUCACACUUUCACGAGACAAACCUUGGUCGAGCUUUUGGCUGGACUGACGUGCACGGAGGCCGUAAACGUACGCUCUUCUUCACCUGUUUCACGAAGGACGAAAAGUUGUGCACCUUCACGACUUAUUGGCAGUCCUUUUGGUCAUGUGUCGAGGACCAAAAAAGUGGAACUUCGCUGAAUGCGUGUCAGGAAAAAAUAAACACGGCGGGGUGAAAGUGGGCGUCGAUUGAUGAGCGAGGCCUAUUUCGCUGACUCUCUACCCCGCUCGCUCUUUUACGAGUCGCUUUUUUACCAGGGACCAUACAUACGUCGUUUACCCUACA